GUCCUCUGAGUAGAAGGUGGUGAAUCAGCCUUUCAGCCAAAGCUCAGGGAUGAACUACACGUCGGUCGCCGCUGCGGCUCUCUGCCAAACAUAGAAGGCGGUGACAACACAGAAACAUGGCUGCCUCUGCAGCGGGCAAGGCUCAUGAUAGAGAUAAGGCUUCCACUGGCAGUCCCAGAUCUCACCAAGGGUCUCUGUCGCAGUCUCGGGAAAUAAUAAAGCCCACCAUAACGGAGCUGACCAAAGAAGUGAGGACGAACAUCCUCUGCACCGUGGAAGGAUGUGGAAAGAUUCUCCCAAACACGCCUGCAUUGAACAUGCACCUUGUCAAGUCCCACAGAGUAAAGGAUGGUAUUGUGAAUCCCACAGUGAGAAAAGACAUGAAGGGUUCCCAGAAGCUGUACUGCUGUCCCAUUGAGGGUUGUCCCAGAGGGCCUAAUAGACCCUUUUCGCAGUUCUCCCUGGUUAAACAACACUUUAUGAAGAUGCAUGCAGAGAAGAAACACAAAUGCUCCAAAUGCAACAAUGGCUACAGCACAGAAUGGGACUUGAAGCGGCACAUGGAGGACUGUGGGAAGACCUACCACUGUACAUGCGGCUGCCCAUAUGCCAGCAGGGCUGCACUACUCUCACAUAUCUACAGGACAGGACACGAAAUUCCUAUAGAACACAGAGUCCCCCCAGUUAAAAAGAGAAAAAUGGAGAAACUCUUAAGCGAUUCUGAAAAAGUAAAGAGCAAUGAGUCACCUCGUCAGAUCAUGGCUGCUGGUGUGGAACUAACAGAGAACUCUCUGUGUUCUGAUACAACUCUUCAUCUCUCAGACUCUGUCAAUUUGAGUUCCAAUCCCAGGAAGAAUCUCCAGAAGUUGCUCUUGCCGAAACCUAAAAUGGCUUUGGUCAGUGUCCCUGUGAUGCAGCUAGCCCAUCUGCCAGUCCUCCUGCCAUCUACAGAGAGUGGGGCUCUGAGAUCUGUUGUACUUGCAGUGAACAGCCAAGGCUCUGUCAGUACCCUUCAACUUCUGCCUCAAGCUACAGCAGCUGUGGUGCCACAACUUAAUGCUAAAAAUUUGAGCUUCAAGGAUAGCAUGCCUUCCUCUCGUUCUAACCUGGGGCCCAUUAGCACAGGUGUGCAAGUCUGUCUGGAUCCUGUGAGUGUAGAGGACUCUCUCACCAGCCUGGCAGGGCAGAGGGGAAGGAGCACAUCCACUAACAUUCAGACAGAUCAGUCAUAUUUGUCCAAAGUACCUGCAGGGGUGGGGGUCGGAGAGGGAAUAAGCAUGUGCUCCGUAGGUGAGUCUUCAGUGUCGUCCUGCUCCCAAACAGACAUCAGUGUGAGUGCCCAAGUCCUCCUGCCAGUCAGCGUUGAAACACAGACCUUCUCCUCAAGAGCCAAAGCCACGUCUACUAUUGGAGCUCAGACAGACAGCCAGUGCCUGAGCCAGAUUCCUUGUUCCUCCUCAUCUGUGCCGCCACACAAAACCAGGCAGACCCAGACAAGCUUUGCCAUGCCACAUUCAGAGGAGAAGGCUCAGGAUCAGGCUAUCAUCUGUUCAGACUUAUUUGGCAGUGACUCCCUCAGUGUCUCCACUCAAACAGCCCUGGACAUCAACAACCCUCUCACUGUUGCAGAGAGCAGUAUAUAUGGGGACUCAAAGUCAGCAAGUGGUAUGUGUUUUGGGGUGCAGACAGAUGAGCUGAAUGCAAAUAAUAUGGCAGACAACCAGACCCAAACAAUGACCCUGUUAAAUGAUCUAGAAAAUAUUCUGUCUGCCAGUAUGUCAGGCCACCAAGUGCUUACAGAGGCCUCUGCAGGCUGUGGGUCAGGACUGGGCUCUGUCCCGGAGCAACACAAUGGCAUUGACUUUGACUUUGAAGAGUUCCUCAGUGCUGUGCACAUCCAGACACAGACAGAGGAGAGUGAACUGGGAGGACUGGGUGGGGACACGCCGCUGGAGUCUCUAGACAUCCAAACCCAGACAGACUUCCUCCUAAUGGAUGAACUGGACCAAAAUGAGGGACCAAUUCGAACCCAAACCACUGACCUGGAACUAUUUGACACCCACACUCAGACUGACCUCAAUUUUCUACUAAAUGCCGGAAGCCACAUGCCACUGAGCAGCAUUCUGCGACAUUCAAGCUUUUCUAUGAGCACCGAGUCCUCUGAUACAGAAACACAAACAGAUCUCCCUUCAUUUGCCACAAGUCUUCCUGCUCAGACCCCAGUCAGUCAGGGGGAGCAGGCAAGGCUGCUGAACAGCACAGAAACACAGACCAUGACCAGUCAGGCCGAAGGCCUUGGACAUCUCUUCUUGACCAGCAAUGAAACACAAACUGUCAUGGAUGACUUCUUGUCUGCAGACCUGGCAUGGAAUAUGGAGUCCCAUUUCAGCUCUGUAGAAACACAGACAUGCGAGGAGCUUUGUGCUCUCUUUCAGCAUCCUGAGAAGCCUAAUAGCUGAAGCUAGAGAAGUUACUUGUGCUGUUGCAGUACAGUUUUCUAAUAGCUGCCUCUUAAUAUAGGAGGGAGAGUCUAUGCUGCCCCUCAGCAGACAACACAGUCUUAGUCAAGAAGUCUGUGAAAAUGUCCUUGAGCAUUCCACUGGGGGCGUCGUGUGGAGAGCCUUUCCAGGUAUUCUUCCCUGACAUCUCCGCUGCACUUUAUUAGCUUGACGGGCAUGAUUUAUCAGCUCCCCUGACAGUUUACGUAUUUAUUUGCACAGAAACAUGUCUUGAUAAAAUGCCAGUUUACUUCUGUAUUCCAGUUUAGGACCACUGUGAUUGGUUGUCACUGUUUGGUCUUACACAUACAAGCAGUUUUAAAAAUGUCUUAAUAUUACAUCAAUGUCAGAUCUGCAUUUUAGAGGACCUCUUGAACUGUGUUGGUGACAAGAAAAGGCUUAAAUAGUUAACCUUUAUGACGGCUUUCAGACAUGCAUAUUCUGCAUGAAAACAACUUUAAUCUCUGCUGUACAGCAAACACUAUUGUGCAUUUAGUUUACAGUUGUGUCGAAAUGUGCAUGAAGCCUUUAAAUGGUCAGCAGCACAAUACCAUUAAAUACCAGUUUUCAGCUUGUAUGCCCAAUAGCUGCCUCACUGAUGCUGCCUUGUCAGCUGCAGCAGACUAUAAACCCUUUAGGUUUUCCAGAAAUAAACCUUACAAAGCCUUCAGACGUAAGGCAUGAAGCCUACCGUUACACUACGUGGCACAAGUAAAAAAUUUAACUGUUUAUGUCUUGUCUGUUGUUGCACACCUUUCAUUGAAAUGUCAUUGUGCAGUAUGAACUUGUAUUUGUUUUUGUGUUUGGGCCUUUAUAGCUAAGCUAGUUCACUUAAAGUCGGUUAGUAGACUAGGGUGUCAUAGUUUUUGACUUAUUCAUUAGCUGACUGCAAGUGUAUACAGUAGCAGGAUGUUGAGCUGAAGUGAUCUGGUAAUGUUACUGUACAGAAACCCAUUGUGGAUUUGAGCUAGUAUUAGCUACUUCAUUGGCACAGUAAUUUUGUGUAUUAACAACCUGAAUUUUGACUGAAAGGAGUUGUGCUCAAUAUUCUCCUUUGUAAUUGUUAGUUUUCAUGCUUGAAAAUUGGACACAGUAUAUUAAUUUAUUUUCUUUUUCUAUUGUACAAGUGACUAAACUUAAUGUUUUGACUGUGUUUUUGUUAUAUUGUUGCACUGAGUUACCUCAAAGCACAGGCACCCGAUGGAAGCUGUGUUUUUCUAGGGAACAUAUAGGCCUUUGUUCAUUUUAUGUUGGUGCCUUAAUCCAAAUGUUAACUCUUUUUAUGUUACAGACAAUUGAAUUUGCUGCUUGUUUGAACAAGAAUUACACUAGAAUCUGUUUUUGAAAAAUGGAAAAUAAGUGUUUCGAGUUCUUCAGAAUCCUUUGGUUAUACUUUGCAUGUUUAAUUCUUCUAUAUUGAUAUUUUCAUCUUGGUUGCAUGAAAUAUUUUGAGUGUCCCUAGUUGUUCUUCAUAAUUUCUAUUGAAAGAUCAAGUUCUGCCACAUGAAAAUAAUGCUAUGCAGCAUUUUAUUGAAGACAAUUUGCCACCAUGUCAACACUUUUACUGAUAAGUGGUUAAUGUUAUAAAUCAUGAUUUAUGGAACCUAAAGAAUGUACAGUACAUGACACUGUGUCCAUGUAUAACAUGCUAUAUUUUUGCUUCACAUCCAAAUAAUAAGUUUCCCAUGUUAGCAAGUUAUCAAAUUAAAUUUAAACAUGUUGUUAUAUGUUCUAAUGUCUAGUUUGUGGUUCUUGCAUAGCUGCUCUCUGUGGCUUAGUAGCAAGGGAAAAUGCCUUGCUUAAAACUGAACUAUGCGUAGAAGCCUUGUGAGUCUCCAGUGUCAGCAACAGUGCUUUAUUUUCCUCUCUGUAAGGAGUGCAUGCAGAAUUUUUCCCAGCACAAAAAAUAUGUUAGAAGAAUUUGAGUUGCUGUUGCCUGUAUGUAUAGGGUUGCCUUGAUUAAUUGUCAAAACUACACCACAGAUGUUAUUAAUAAACUGCUGAAAAAUA